GAUCCUCGCCCCCCAAUCCCGCGACAUCGUCUCUAUAACUUGCAAUGGGCAUUUGGGCUCGAUUUUCGUUAUCCUGCGCAGCCUUGCGUCGCUUCGUUUCUCCCUUCAUUUGUCUUAGGCCGUGCCAUUCAACGUAAUCCCUACAACGACCCGCUAACGUCCAUCGCUAUCAUCUCCGAAGUCCUUGAAAUAUUGUUUGGUGGCCAAGAAAAUUGCCGCGACACUGUGCUUCGUCCUCAGAUCAGCUCGAGCUCGAUGUUGAGGUAUCCGUCUAGCAUCAGACCGGCACUCAAGAUGAUAGCCAAAUUAUUUGUUCACUGUCAGACCGGUAGCUGGAGCGAGAAAGCUUCCCUCUGAUGGCCCACCUUGGUGUGCACGUCAUCGCCGGUAGAGACUUAGCAUUACGAAACCGACGACCCUUGACUGGUCCAUCACGGUCUUUUUUAUUGAACUCGCUUUCGAAGCAAGAUGACCAGCUGCGAUUUGUAGACGCACAAGAAUUCUAA